GGGGGUUCCUAAACCUCACUUUGUAAUCGAAAAAGAAAAAACAAACCCCUAAACCUCUUUCGUCUCAGAUAGUUUCGUCUUGUUCCUAAGCGGGUUAUCCUCCAGACCACCACGUUGCUUCUUGUGUGUUCCUUGCACUUGUCCAGUUCUCCAUCGUCAUCAGAUCUGCAAUUUUCAGAAAGCUAAUGGCUCGGAGGCUCCGUUCCUUUAUUUCCCUCAAUUCUUAUCUUUGCAAAGUCCAAAUGCAGCCUUCACUGCUGCUUCCAAGAUUAGAAUACCCAUCUGAUUCUGCUGCUCCCUGUGGGUUAUCUCCAAGUUUUCAAGCUUCACGAUCAUAUGCUCGUGGUGAUCGUAAAUAUUAUGAUCUUUUUGGCAAUGGAAAACCUGGUGACAAGGAUUUCAGGAAAGCCUGGAAGAAAGAAAUUAAGGAAGACGAUUGUUUAUGGACAGGUAGUGAAGAUGAGAAAGAUGAUGGAAAGGAUAAAAGGGGUCAUCUGGAAGAAGAGAUCCAAAAAGUUAAACAGCAGGCAAGGGAGCACUCUGACCUGAUCGAUGCCGAUGAUAGUGAUGAGUUGACAAGUGUUUGGUCUGGAAGUGAUGAGGAGAAGUCUCUGUGGACUGGUAGUGAAGGUGAUGAUGACGAUGAUAUUCCUACUGAAGCCUACCCAAAUGAGAGCAGUGACAAAUACAUAGAUAAGCUGUUUGAAUUUGAGGAAACAUCAAAGUAUCGGACAAUCUCAGAAUUAUUAAAAGCAGAACAAGAACCAGAGGAGCUUUCACCUGGAAAGCAAGCCAGGAAAAUUGCAGUUGAGAAUGCAUUGAAAAAGUUGAAGAAAGGGCCAGACGGGAGAUAUGUUAAUGUAUGGGAAGUCAUGAGUGACCUAGAUAUUCUAAUAGGAGCAUUUGAAAAUAUAGUUUCAGGACCAGAAUAUGCAGAGCUGAGGCAUGGGGGGCCUAAGAAAUUAAAUAUGCAGUUCUUCAAGGAUAUACAAGCACGCAUGAGAGAUCCAAAUUAUAAGUUCUCGCCUGAGUUGAAGCUGAAACCGAAGAGCAAACUAGUUCCGAAAAAGAAAUGGCAGAAGACACAGUCUAGGCGGAGGAAAGCACAAAAGCGCUAAAUAGUUGAAUUUUAAAACGAAUGUGUAAGUUCUUGUAUUUAUUUUUGUUUUUUGAUUGAAUGCUUGUUGUAGUUAGGGAGGACAGAGAUUCCUUCAAAUAGAACCCAAAAAUAAAUAUAGAUCAAAGCUUUCAAGGCAUUUAA